AUGGCCAAAAGAAAGAUGGUAUCUUGUGCGGCCUGUAGACUGAGCCGCACAAAAUGUUCAGAAGAUUGUGUUUUGGCUCCUUAUUUUCCUUCCGAUGAUCCAGACAAGUUUGCAGUUGUCCAGAGAGUAUUUGGAACGAGUCAUAUCAUCAAACUGCUUCAAGGUGUGGAGGCUGAGCAAAGAGCGGAAGCAGUAAAUAGUAUGGUGCAUGAAGCAGCUGCAAGAAUGAAGGAUCCCAUUCAUGGACUUGGUAGUGAAGUCCAUGAGCUGCAGGAAAAAAUAGCCCAUUUAAAAUCUCAGUUGGCAGCCACGGAAGAAGAGCUCGUGAAUGUACGUUGUAAGUAUGAUAAGCUUUUAUACUUCCUGCGUACCGGGUCUCCUCAUCCUCAUGAUGCGAUAUAUCCAACUGAAGGUAUAAUGUAUGAGGAGGUGGAUCCAUUGCUGUUGUGGGAGCCGAUAAGGGACGCAUAG